UUCUUCUUUUUCUCCUUUUUCUUCUUCUUCCUUUUCUUCUUCUUCUUCUUCUUGUCUUCCUCGACUUCCUCGACGCGGAUGCCGUUCGCGCGCGUGAUCGCUCGGUCGGAAAGUGCGCGACGACGGCUCGGCGUCCCGCCGGCCGUUCGGAGGCGCGAUUGAAUUCGGCGUCGGCUGAAGAGAGCGGAGGAAGGAAAAGAAACCGGUAUACACCGCGCGGCCGGGCAGGAGGAGGAGGAGGAGGAAGAGGAAGAGGACAAGACAGAGGAGAGGAGAGAAUCUCACUCGCUGGAGCGAGAAUCCUCUCGGCUGCACGCACCACUGCCCUAGUGUUGUUUUCACGGACGCGCGCCUCGUACGCGCCAACACGGAAGAGCGCACACGCGCGACACGGCUGGCGGCACGGUUUGGCGCGGUUCCGUUUGUGCGAGUUUUUACCGUACCGCCCACAUCCGUCAUCGACACGUUGGGACGAAGCAGCAGCGGCGACGCCAGCAGAAUGUAUCGCGUGCUACUUUGUCUCAUCUCCAUUUACGGGAGCAUUCACGGAAAUGCCGUCUCCUCGCACUUCCCCAACAAGGGAGACGCCCCCCGCCAAUACCACCCCCGUUUCUUGAUGUACGAGGAGCCGCACAACAUCGAGUUCAAGUAUCACAAUUACGACCAGAUGAGCCGCUUUCUGCGCGCGACGUCCCUCCAGUUUCAAAAUCUUACCGCGCUCUACUCGAUAGGAAAGUCAGUGAAAGGUCGUGACUUGUGGGUGAUGGUCGUGUCAUCGUCGCCGUACGAGCACAUGAUCGGCAAGCCCGACGUCAAGUAUAUCGCCAACAUACAUGGAAACGAAGCCGUGGGACGCGAGCUGAUGCUGCAUCUCAUUCACUUCUUCGUGACAUCGUACGGAUCGGACGCGUACAUCACUUGGCUGCUGGACAACACGAGGAUUCACAUCCUGCCGUCGAUGAAUCCCGACGGCUUCGAGGUCUCCAAGGAGGGCAACUGCGACGGUGGUCAAGGCAGGUACAACGCGCGCGGCUUUGACUUGAAUCGCAACUUUCCGGACUACUUUAAGCAGAACAAUAAAAAGAGUCAGCCGGAAACCGAGGCUGUUAAGGAGUGGGUAUCAAAGAUCCAAUUCGUGCUGUCGGGCAGCCUGCACGGCGGCGCGCUCGUAGCGAGCUAUCCCUUCGACAAUACCCCGAAUUCGCGAAUAUGUCGAUCAGCGCCACUGUGUGCAGUGUUUCAGAGUUUUACAUCGACGCCGAGUAUCUCGCCGGAUGACGACGUGUUUCAGCACUUGUCGCUCACGUAUUCGCGAAAUCACGGCUCUAUGUAUCGGGGAUUAGCGUGCUCGCCUUCUCAGCCCGCGUUUAAGCGCGGCAUCACCAACGGCGCCGAGUGGUACCCGCUCACCGGCGGCAUGCAAGACUUCAACUACGUGUGGAACGGCUGCAUGGAGAUCACCUUGGAGCUGUCUUGCUGCAAGUACCCGCCGGCCUCGGACCUGCGCCACUACUGGGAGGAGAAUCGAGCGUCCCUGAUCAAGUUUCUGGCGGAGGCUCAUAGGGGUGUUCACGGCUUCGUCGUCGACGAGAACGGCAAUCCCAUCGAGAGAGCGUCCGUCAAGGUGAAGUCGCGGGACGUCAGCUUCUCGACGACCAAAUACGGCGAAUUCUGGAGGAUCCUGCUGCCGGGCGUUUAUAAGCUGGAGGUAUUCUCGAACGGAUACAUACCCCGCGAGGUGGAGUUUGUGGUAAUUGAGCAGCACCCGACGCUCCUCAAUGUUACGCUUUACUCGACGAAAAGGCAGUACGACGACGAAAGUGGAUCCGUUUUGUAUAACGGGAACCCCGGCGGCAGGCCUUAUCCGCACCGGGACCACACGUUACAUUACCGGCCACAAUCGGGCGCAAACACCGCGGCCGAUGCGAACAGCGGCAUUUUCUCGUCUCUCAGUAACGGAUUCAACAGCUUCGUUACCAAUCUCUUCGGAUAGUCCGGUCACCUCGUGCGAACCGUACACCUCGACAUAUCCACAGUUAUUUAUUUCAACUAUAUUAUGCCGUCAUGAGGCCAGAUAUCAAUUGCGACUCGGUGAACCUCCGGCGCGAUCCGCGCGAAAGCCGGCGAAAGCGCGAACGACUCGUAUGAUCCGAGAGAGAGAGAGAGAGAGAGAGAGAAAGAGAGAGAGAGAGAGAGAGAGAGAGAGAGAGAUCGGCAAAAUACUGCCAAACGGUCCACCGCAUAGCCGAAACUGUUGCACGUGUUAUGUUUGAUAUAUAAUCUCUAAACAAUAAAGUAUUUAUAUGUAUACCCCCGUCGCCCGCGCGCGCGCGCGCGCGGAAAUGCGCACGCGACGUGCGCUCUCUAUUUAAGCUGUUUGUUUACACACGUACGAUAUUGCCGCGCGGUGGACGACCAUUUGCGACACACGCGUUGCCGAAUGAUAAUAAAGAUUACAAAGUACUACAGAG